AUGCCAUGCCUCAAAGUUACUGUUACCGGCGAAUCAGCCGUGUUUCAUUAUCCUGAGCGGGGCGCGCUCGCCUUUUCAGUGAGGGCGAACGGUCCGCGCAAAGAGGAGAUCGCCAAGGAAGUCACUUCGAUUUCUAACGAAGUACAGCAAUUCUUCAAACUGCUCUGUCCUCAGACCAAAGAGGAAAAUGCCGCUGCUGAGCACCCAGUGACAACUUUCUCGUCCACAAAUAUCAAAACGUGGUCUCAACCCAAUGACAGCGAUGGAAACCCAGCGGCCAAUCCGCACCAUGCCAGUAUCUCCUUCAAAUCUGCGUUUAGAGACUUUUCCAAAAUGAGUGAAGUGAUCGGCAAGCUCUUGAACUAUCCCAAUAUCGAGGUGGACUCAAUCAACUGGCGUCUUACUGAUGAGACUGGAAGCGAACUGGCUUCUCAGGCUCGUAAAAUGGCACUGCGUGACGCAAUAAAGAAGGCUGAAGACUACGCCGAGGUGUUACAGCGGAAAGUCACUGCAGUGGAAGUCACAGACUAUUCACAGGGCGGAUACAGAAAUGUCGCGAUGGCCUCGGCUCCGAAGUAUAAGAAGGCCAGACGAUCUUUUGCCAGUGAUGACGAUGAAGUUGACGCAUUGGACCUGACCCCUCAAGAAAUUGAGGUUACUGGGUCUGUGAAUGUGAUUUUUGAAACUGUGUCGGAUACCUAA